AUGGCUGCCAGUGAAUUUUCGAGCUUACCCCGACCUGAACAGGAGAAAUUGCUCUCGCUGCUGUUUGAACACAGCCAGGUGUUUUUGGACUACGUACUUCCAGUGUGCCAGGAGCCCGCGCAGUCGUGGGAAGAGCUCAUUGAGCGCAUCCGCGGCCAUCUCCGGACCAUGUUGAAGACGCCCGACGACGAACGCAUUCCAGGCAUAAUUGCCGCCCACCCGCGCCUGGGAGCCAAGAAGGUAGACUCUGCAUUGAGUCAGGCGGAGCAGGCGUCGCUGCAGACCGCCUCCGCGCGGGAAACAGAGCAGCUGGCGGAGCUCAACGCCGAGUACGAGCGAACCUUCCCGGGUCUGCGUUACGUAGUGUUUGUUGCCGGCCGUCCGCGCUCGGUUAUCAUGGACGACAUGCGUGAGCGCAUUGCCAAGAAAGACAUUGAGGCCGAGAAGCGUACAGCCUUUGACGCAAUGUGCGACAUUGCUCUCGACCGGGUCGCUGGCUUGGGAGACAAGAUUUGA